AUGAUCGUGCUGGGCUGGAUGCUUUUUGUUGGGCUUGCAUCCUACAUGGGGACAUUUCCAGAGGUGAUGCCUCCGACUCUAAAGUGGAAAGAGGGGUUGCCUGUUUGGGAGACCAAGGCACGGCGAAGAAGCCAAGCUUUGGAGGAUGAGCUGCUGCUGCUGCUGUGA